AUGGGUAUCGCCCUCAGCACGGCUAGUCAAGCACUGGCAGCAGCAACAGCGGUGGUGUACAUGGCUGCCGGGCGCACGUUGGAUGAUCCAAGACUGUACAGCUGCCGCCACUUCUUGCGGACUCUGACAACGCCCUUCCACCAACGUCUCUCAGCCAUGCUCAUGGCACGCAGAAAGUUGGACAAGGCCCUCGCCGUUGUCAAUGACAAGACAGAAUCUCCCAACGUCACCACCGAAGGCGACUAUUUCCCGUCGGCCCAUUCUCCGACGGCUGUCCCGCCUGCUCCUCUCAUUCCCUUGGACGCUGUCACGCGAGCCUGGGUAGACGAGCGUACUGCCCAGCUGGCCGAGGCGAGAGCGCAACACGUUCUGUCCAGGCCACUUCGGGUGGACGACGCAGUAUCAUGGAUCGAGGGCAGUCAGAGACGACAGCGACCGCUCAUGGCUAUGCCAUCCUAUGUAUUGGCCACCGAGAAAGAGUAUCCACGCAGCGGAUUGUGGAAUGACGAGGUUGCCUGGAGCGGGACCCAAGGCUUGUGA